AUGAGUUAGCUUAUACGUCUUGUCUUGUAUGGAUUCUUUGAUUAUGGAUUCUUUGAUAUUGCUUUAUAUCCCUUCUUUUAUGGGUUAUUCGUUGCUAAAGCAAGACUGUCUCUCUUUUUUUUUUUUUCAAUACUAAGUAAACUCAAGAUCGGUUUUCACUACAAUCCGACACAGGAAAUUUUGAAAAACAUAUAUUAGAACAAGCAGUAAACAAUAGAAAUGAAUGCCACAAUGAGCCCUCAUUCCUCAUGUGCCAGUAUAUGAAAUUAUGUAUUUGUAUGUAUAUUCUUGUUUUCCAAGUUUAAGACUACACAGGAGCCAUUUGCAGUCACAUAUGGGCAUAUGUCUUCAGAUGGAAGUACAAAAUCCUCCACAUGGGCAGAUUAUUGAGAUCAGAGGUGAAAUUUCUGAUGGAGCGGGCAGUAGUGGAGGAGGGAGUAGUAAAAUUUGUGGGGAAGUGUACUGUGGAUUGGCUGAAGUUGGAUCUAACUCGAAAGAUGCUAAAGAGCGAUCAGCAGCCAUGCGAAAGCUCUUAAUAGCAGUGGCACUUUGUCUAGUUUUCAUGAGUGUGGAAGUUGUUGGUGGCAUCAAAGCAAACAGUUUAGCAAUACUGACUGAUGCAGCCCAUUUGCUCUCAGAUGUUGCAGCUUUUGCCAUCUCAUUAUUUUCUUUGUGGGCUGCUGGGUGGGACGCCAAUCCUCGUCAGUCUUAUGGGUUUUUCAGGGUUGAAAUUCUUGGUGCACUCAUUUCCAUCCAGCUCAUAUGGUUGCUUGCAGGGAUACUGGUGUAUGAGGCCAUUGUUAGGCUUGUUCACAAGACUGGUGAAGUAAAUGGUUUUCUUAUGUUUGUUGUGGCUGCAUUUGGCCUAUUAGUUAACAUCGUCAUGGCUGUAUUGUUGGGACAUGAUCAUGGUCAUGGACAUGGGGAACAUGAUCAUGGUUUUGGCCAUACUCAUUCUCAUGGUGUGGCAGUUUCUACUCAUCAUCACCAUGAUCACGAGGAGCACUCAAAGCAUGAUCAUGAUCACGAGGAGCACUCCAAGGAUGAUUCUCAUCAUGAUCAUACGGAUCAUCCACACCAUCAUGAUUCUGAGGAUCCUGCUGAGCCGCUGUUGGAUAAACCUGAAGCUGGUCUUCAAAAGAAGCAGAGGAACAUAAACGUACAAGGAGCAUAUCUUCAUGUACUUGGGGAUUCCAUCCAAAGUAUUGGAGUUAUGAUUGGUGGUGGAAUUAUAUGGUAUAAGCCUGAAUGGGUGAUAGUUGAUUUGAUUUGCACACUAAUAUUUUCAGUCAUUGUUUUGGGGACAACGAUCAGAAUGCUGCGAAACAUACUCGAAGUCCUGAUGGAGAGCACACCUAGAGAAAUUGAUGCCACUAAACUUGAAAGGGGGCUAUUGGAGAUGGAGGAUGUUGUGGCCAUCCACGAGCUGCAUAUUUGGGCCAUAACACUGGGAAAGAUCCUUCUGGCUUGCCAUGUCAACAUCAGACCAGAAGCAAAUGCAGACAUCGUGCUGAGCAACGUAGUAGACUAUUUCAGAAGGGAGUAUAACAUCACUCAUGUUACUAUUCAAAUUGAGCGCUAGUUGGCUUUUGAAGGAGAAGAUAAGAAAUAUGAAGUUGUGACAGGUGUCUCAAGUUAAUGUUCUUGUUCUAAGAUUUCAGCAUUAAAUCCUUAUUUGAUUGGUAGAUUGCUGGUUUUAUAUCUGUAAUGAUUUGCAUAUUGGGUGUACUAUACUUUGAUAAUGAGUUUAUAGACAGCUGCCUGAACUA